AUGGCACUCCACGUCGCGAUGGCCCCCAUGAGCCCGGACGGCUUCGCGGCCCAGCGGGGCUAUGAAGCAGCUCGGAUGCCGGGGUAUUUCUGCUCCAAGCCUGCAUCGAUUCGCCCAUCGGCGAGCUGCAAGUCGAUUCCGAUGGAGCCCGUGACCAUCCCAAGGGAGCCGAGGCUUCUGCAAGCUGUCCAUGUGCCAGCGCCUCCCUGGACCCUCCAAGCACCUGCGCCCGUUCGCUGGUCCGAUCCGCCCCGACAUGCGAGUCCCAGCCCCGCGCGCCAGAGCCCCGUGCGCCAGAGCCCCGUGCGCCCCAGCUGGGCGCCCUCGAGCGCGCGGCUGCGCGCAGAGCUCACGGAGCCCGCGGAGCCCACGGAGUCCGCAGAGCCGCGUCCAGCGACCCCUUCCUCCCUCUGGCCCGAAGGGGGCGGAAGGAUACGGCUUCCGUGCAAGGCCUUGGAGGCAAAGUCCUCACCAGAGCGACCCAAAGUAGAAGUUCCAGAGGAGAGGACACCGGAAGGUGUCAAGACCAGGCGUCCUCCUCAACGGCCCGUCAAGGCUCGCCACGAACUUCGACAGCACAUAAACGCGAGGAUCCGACCACGCAGUAAUUCGAGGGGCCUCUGGGCCACAAGGGGUCCAUCUAGGUGGGACUUCAUCAAGCUUGAUGUGAGAGCUCCUUGUGUUGAUGUGGUCUCCUGGGCCCUGGGCACCCUUUUUUUGGGAAAAAGCGCCUAG